AAAGGUGCAGGCCUCCUCUCCCUGCAGAAUGACUGUUGCCACAGGCGACCCCUCUGACGAGGCUGCUGCACACCCAGGGCACCCCCAGGACUACGACCCGGAGGCUGACCAUGAGUGUUGUGAGAGGGUGGUCAUCAACAUCUCAGGGCUGCGCUUUGAGACACAACUUAAAACCCUCUCCCAGUUCCCAGAGACUCUGCUGGGGGACCCCAAAAAGAGGAUGCGUUACUUUGACCCGCUGAGGAACGAGUACUUUUUUGACAGGAACCGACCCAGCUUUGAUGCCAUAUUGUAUUAUUACCAGUCAGGAGGUCGGCUAAGAAGGCCGGUCAAUGUCACCCUCGACAUUUUCUCAGAGGAGAUUCGGUUCUAUGAGCUGGGUGAGGAGGCCAUCGAAAUGUUCAGAGAAGAUGAGGGCUUCAUCAAAGAAGAGGAGCGGCCUCUUCCCGAUAAUGAGUUUCAAAGACAGGUGUGGCUGCUGUUCGAAUACCCAGAGAGCUCAGGUCCUGCUAGGAUUAUUGCCAUAAUCUCCGUCAUGGUCAUUCUGAUAUCUAUAGUCAGUUUCUGUUUGGAGACCCUUCCCAUUUUCCGCAAUGAUGAGGAGGAAAUGCACAAGUCUCACGCUGAAGUCUUUUCACCUGAGACCAACACCACAAUCAUCAGCUACACAUCUACCUACUUCACUGACCCCUUCUUCAUCCUGGAAACUCUUUGCAUUAUAUGGUUCUCCUUUGAAUUUCUAGUACGUUUCUUUGCCUGCCCCAGCAAAGCAGGGUUUUUUGGUAAUAUAAUGAACAUUAUUGAUAUAGUUGCUAUCAUCCCUUAUUUCAUCACUCUUGGCACAGAGCUGGCAGACAGGCCCGAGGAUGGUCAAGCGGGUCAGCAAGCCAUGUCUUUAGCCAUUCUCAGGGUCAUCCGGUUAGUACGAGUCUUCAGAAUUUUUAAGCUCUCACGUCACUCUAAGGGGCUUCAGAUCCUGGGCCAGACCCUGAAAGCCAGUAUGAGAGAGCUCGGCCUCCUCAUUUUCUUCCUCUUUAUUGGGGUCAUCCUGUUCUCCAGUGCAGUAUACUUUGCUGAAGCAGAUGAGCCUGAAUCACAGUUCGAAAGCAUCCCUGAUGCAUUUUGGUGGGCUGUAGUGUCCAUGACAACAGUUGGCUAUGGUGACAUGGUCCCGACUACAAUUGGUGGCAAGAUUGUGGGCUCCCUCUGUGCCAUUGCAGGUGUGCUGACCAUUGCCUUGCCUGUGCCUGUCAUAGUAUCCAACUUCAACUACUUCUACCACCGCGAGACCGAGGGUGAAGAACAAGCCCAGUAUCUGCAGGUCAACGUGCCCAAAGCGGACUCAGCCGAGGAGCUAAAGAAGAGCCGGAGUGGCUCCACCAUCAGUAAAUCAGACUACAUGGAGAUCCAAGAGGCUGUCAACAACAGCAAUGAGGACUUUCAGGAGGAGAAUCUUAAGACAGCUAACUGUACACUGGCCAACACAAACUAUGUAAACAUCACCAAAAUGCUCACAGACGUGUAGUCAUUGGCUACUUUUCCCCCCGUCACAGCGGGAAAUGCGGAGCUAAGCAACUGGAUGGGACAGGUGUAGAGCCUCCUGCCUCAUGUGUGCUGGAAAAAUCAAGGCAAUAGAAUUCAGGAUGAUGAUGGUGAUGAAGAUGAUGGUGAUAGACAGUGAAAAAAUAUUACAAAGACUAUUUGCUCACUUUGCGCUCAUCCUGUCUUCACUCCUCACAACCUGUCCUUAAACACUUCAGACAAUAUGACUGUCAAACAGAGUGGAUUUUCAAAUUUUGCAUUUCUGCAUGGAGUUGGCUUUGUCUGUGUGGUUGCUUAAAAAUUAUACCUUAAAAUGUCCCGCUCACAACAGUAGCCAACAGUAGUGCACAAAAGAAAAGAUAAAGGGAGAAAAACAGCAAGGAAAAAAAUUAUCGCUUUCCAAAAAGAAAAACAAUACAACACAAGCCCUGCUUUAGUCCUCUGUCCCUUGGUCCCUCAUUUCCCAAGGCACACUGCUCUGCCAUGCGCUUUUUGAAGAGCCCUAUUCGCACGCUACAUAUGCUGCUUCCUGGAGCCAAUGAAACUGUCUUAUGCUACACCAUUUACAGAUAAAAGGAUGUGUGAGCAUAAAGCCAGCCCACUCCAGCGCUGCUAUGGCCUGUGGGUGACUUGUGACGAGGUUGGUGGUUAAGUACACCAUGUUAUUUCAAGGAUGAAUGACAGCCAUCAGCACUAAGCUUAUGGUUCGACACCUUUUUUUCCCAGUAGACAUCAGUAUCUGAUGAAUGACUGAGAAUGGCCUUGACUUUUCACUGCUUUGGUCUAACAUGUACUGUAUGUAUUGCAAUGCAAGCUUCCCCCCUUCCAUUCACCGAAACUGGUCUUACUGCAGAGCUUUGAGGACAGCUUGAAUGUUUCUUCUUGUUUUGUUUGUUUUUCACAGUUUCACACGUAACAGUACUUAUUCAUAUAGAUAGGUAGAUAACUGUGACUUAACUGAUAGCCGGUAGGUAGAUAGGUACUGUCAGUAGUAAACUUAGUCAGUAGAAAUAUUGCAUGACAUUUUUAUCUGAAUGAGAAUUUCCACUUGUUUCUCAACUGCCACUUGCUUCAUCAUCACUGUAUAUUUGUCUGUACACUGCCUUCUAUACAAAUACACACUUUUUAAAGGAUACCUGCAGGUAGCUGUUACAAGAACCUAAAGCUGUUACAGGAUUUCUUAAGGUAUAAUUAUACGGCCAAAUCCAAUCAGGAUGCGGUGUCCUUGUUAAUAUCAACAUUCCAUGUAGAAGUCAUUGCUGUUAACUUUUGCCAGGUUGCUGUUAAAGUUUUGCAGCUUAGCUGCAAUGUGAAGCAAAUGUGUAAACUCACACUCUAGUUUUCGACAUUAAUUCCAGUUGCAGAGGUGAUAGACUUGCAGUUCUGUCUUUUUCACAAGUUUGUCACAUGAUCACGUCCUCAUGAUCAAAAUAGCAACUUUUAAGGACUCGUGUAUAGAAAAACGCUUCCCCUAAACUGCCUUUAUCUGGGUUUACGCUACUCUCCUAGUGUUGCAUGACCUCAAAAACAUUCCUAGAAGCAUGCAUUUAAGCUCAAAGAAGAAGCCUCUGAGACAAAAAGUAUAAUUAUUAAAAUAGAUAUCUUUAUUUCUUAUAUAUAAAAUAUAUAAAGACAGUACACAUAUACAAUACACAUAUACUUUUAUCAGAGAGAAUUUUAAAAAAGUUUAACUAUUAAUGUUUAAUAUAUAAGAGAAAGCAAGAGCCUUUCCACAAUGCAGAUCAUUGCCAUGAUUUCUUUAGUCUUAUUUGAAUAAUAAUAUUGUUCUGAGCACUGUUACUAUGUUCUCCUGUUGCAGAGCCUGUUCAGAGUGCCAAAGACACACUCUUACUAGCCAUUACAGAAGCAUUUUCUCUACUUGGAGUUUUUUCCAGCAAAUCUAAAAGUCAUCCUGGAUUUAAUUUUAAAAGUCUGCUUCAUUUAAACUGCCUUCGGCGACAUGGUUGUUAAAGGCCCUGUUCAGAACUGUAUUAUCCCAAAUCAGAACUUUGAGUCGAAAAGCUUUUUAUUGCCAUUUAAUUGGUCGGACUAAAAAUUGACUCUGGCUGUCCUGUAAAAAUCUGAUGCCAGAAGACAGAUACCAUCUGUAUUUAAAAGUUGGCAUCAGAUGUGAAAUAGGUUUUGAUUCCAGGAUUGAGUCCAGCUGAGAUUUUCCACCAAAUGCUUAACACUGCCAAGGUAACAGUCAAAGGCAGUAACGUCAAUAUGGGAAGUGAUAAUUAGCAGCAGUGUAGCAGAUAUUGGCUAACCUAUAGGUCCUCUGACUUCACUCCUCAGUCUCUUGCCUUUCUCCAUCUUUUCGAAGGUGUCUUGUGUAAUUAGAAAGGUGAUGGAUGGGGAGUGGAUCUGUAGCAAGAAGUAUCUAAAUGAAUUUACUCAUGCCAGGAUGUACAUCUUUAUUCUUAGGGUUUCAUUUUGCUCACUACAGUCUUUAACCUGCAGUUGCAAAAUGUUUUACGCCAUCGCUGCCAAUAUGUGCUCAGGACGCCUCGUCCAACUGCCUGUAAUGAGGCUUCUGAAGUUUGUCCAAAUCUGUGUUUGCUUUCAUGUAUGUUGAGAGGAAGGAACACAUACAUUUAUUGCUUUCCCCAGGGUUACUGAGAGGUGGAUCAGAUGUAAAAUGGGCAGUAACUCGAGGCGUGGACAGAUUAAAUAGUUGUUUAGCAAUAUUUCCAUAAUCCUUUAGUGGAGGAUGCUGUGUUGAGGACAUAGAUGUAGAAGUAUUGGGUUUUUUUAGAAAGAAGAAUUACCCUUUAUGGACCGAUUACAACAAGAUCUCUGCAGUCCAACCAAGAUCUUAUUGAUCAUCAGUUGAGUAUUGAUGUGGGGGUGUUGACGCACAGCUAUGUAGGAGUUUACAAUGUGUGCAUAUGUGUGUAUGUGUGUGUGUGUGGAGAGGAAGAGCAAACCACUGAAUGUCAGUGUCUUAGCCUGGUUGUGCAGCUGCAUUUAUGCAACAGCCAUUUGCAUAUCUGUAUAUUUAAAAAAAA